GUGUAAAAGUGUAAAACAAAAACAACUGCUGGGACAGAAAAAUUCUAGCUCAAAUGAUCCUUCUCUCUUCACUUUGUCUUCGUGUAAAACGAAACCCACUGCUGGGACAGAAAAAUUCUAACUCAAACAAUCACAUUGAUAUGGUCUGGAUAGUACUGCUCACAGGUAUGGAUGAGAGUAGGGAGAAAUUGAUUAUUGGUGAAAAGAAAGAAAGUGAACUUUAUACACCAUUUCCACACAUCUUUUGCUUUUCUUCUGUAUAUAUUUCUACACAACCUACUCUCUUCUUCUCUGCCUCUUCCACUCUUAUUUUUCUCACACACUCUCUCUCUCAUUAAUUGAAAGUCUCACACACUCCACGGAGUUUUUUCUUCUCUCUCGCACACCAUGCCACGACGUGGCGGUGGAAGAGGCAGAGGCCGCGGUACUGCUCCUUCUAGUUUCUCUCCGGUGCCUUCUCCGGCUGUUUCACAACCAUCAUCUGUCGCUUCACCGUCGAGUUCCGCUCCUCCUCCGCCUCAGCCAUCGUCAUCCUCGGUGGCUGAACUGACCAGUGGUGUCAAAGAGAGACUCACGUUGCAGGAUCGAGCGGCUCAGCCUUCGUCCUUGAAAGCCUUGGUCGUUCCGAGAAGGCCUGGCUACGGAAGCGUCGGAAAGAAAAUCCAAGUCCGAGCAAAUCAUUUUCUCGUUGAAGUCGCCGAUAGAGAUAUCCACCACUACGAUGUGACUAUAACGCCUGAGAAAGUGAAUCGGAGUGAAUUGGAGUGUUAUGACUCAACUAGACACAAUCUACCGAGAGUGAAUCGGAGUGUAAUAACUUCAAAGAAAGUGAAUUGGAGUGUAAUGACUCAACUAGACACAAUCUACCGAGAGUCACUUUUUGGUAACAGAAGGCCUGCUUAUGAUGGCAGAAAGAACCUUUAUACUGCAGGAGCAUUGCCGUUUACAUCCAUAGAGUUAUUUGUCGAGUUACAAAAUGAUGACCAUCCUGCAUCUUCAUCUUCCGGCUCUGCGAGAAAAUUCAAAGUGGCAAUUAAGUUGGUUUCUAAGCCUGACUUACGGCAUCUGAAAGAGUUUUUAGUCAGUAGGCAGUCAGAUGUUCCACAAGAAACAAUUCAAGUUCUCGCUGUGGUACUCAGAGCGGAACCAUCAAUGAACUAUACUGUUGUGGGGAGGUCAUUUUUUCAUCCUAGCUUGGUUACACAAGGUGAAUUGGGUGAUGGUAUUGAUUAUUGGAGAGGCUACUACCAAUCUCUCAGGCCAACACAGAUGGGGCUUUCUCUAAAUAUAGAUGUGUCAGCCAGAGCAUUCUACGAACCACUUCUUGUGACUGACUUUCUUGCAAAACAUUUCCAUUUUAAUCUGUCAAGGCAUCUGUCUGAUCAGGACCGUCUUAAGAUUAAAAAGGCAUUGAGAGGAGUAAAAGUUGAGCUUACUCAUACAGAGUAUGCACAAAGUCACAAAGUCACUGGUGUUUCAACACAACCAAUUAGCCAGUUAAUGUUUACCCUUGAUGACAAGGAAACAAAGACAUCAGUUCUUCAAUAUUUUCUUGAGAAAUAUGACAUUGUUCUCCAAUAUGCGUCUUUGCCUGCCCUUGAAGCUGGUAGUGAUUCGAAUCCAGUUUACUUACCGAUGGAGGUUUGUAAGAUUGCUGCUGGACAGAGAUACACAAAGAGAUUAAAUGAAAGACAGGUAACUAACCUACUAAGAGCAACGUGUCAACGGCCAAUUGAAAGGGAGCGGAGUAUCACAGGGAUGGUAAAGCGAAAUGAUUUUAGUAGAGGUAAGCUUGUGCAUGAGGAAUUUGGAAUUGAAGUACGAGAAGGACUUACAACGGUUGAUGCACGAGUGUUGCCAUCUCCAAUGCUUAAUUAUCAUGAAACUGGGAGAGAAUCAAGGGAACAUCCUAAGAUGGGGCAAUGGAAUAUGAUAAACAAGAAAAUGGUCAAUGGUGGUAGAGUGUCAUAUUGGACAUGUGUGAAUUUCUCUGCUCGAGUGAACAGAGAUUUUCCGUUCCAAUUCUGUGAUGAAUUGGUCAACAUGUGCAACAGCAAAGGAAUUGAUUUUAACCUAGACCCUUUGAUACCAAUACAUUCAGCUCAUCCUGGUCAAAUUGAUAGGGCUCUCAUUUAUAUUCAAGAGCAGUGUGCAGCCAAACUUAAAGAAAUUGAGCCAGGAAAACAGCUUCAGCUGUUGAUAAUUAUUUUGCCUGAUGUCACUGGGUCAUAUGGGAAGAUUAAACGUAUAUGUGAAACGGAACUAGGAAUUGUUUCUCAGUGCUGUCAGCCCAAGCAAGCAUCAAAGCUUAGUAUGCAGUACCUUGAAAAUUUGGCUCUCAAGAUCAAUGUGAAGGCUGGGGGACGUAACAAUGUGUUAUCUGAUGCUAUUCAAAAAAGAAUUCCUCUUGUAUCUGAUCGUCCUACAAUCAUACUUGGUGCGGGUGUGACACAUCCACUACCGGGAGAGGACUCUAGCCCUUCGAUAGCUGCGGUAGUGGCUUCUAUGGAUUGGCCGGAGGUAACCAAAUACAGAGGACUCGUCUCUGCACAGGAGCACCGUGAAGAAAUUAUCCAGGAUCUCUAUAAAUCAGUGCAGGAUCCUCAAAGGGGUUUAGUUCAUGGAGGCUUGAUCAGAGAACAACUUAUUGCCUUCAGAAGAGCAACCGGGCAAAAACCCCAUAGGAUUAUUUUCUACAGAGAUGGUGUUGGUGAAGGCCAAUUUAGUCAAGUUCUGCUUUAUGAGAUGGAUGCAAUAAGAAAGGCCUGUCUGUCACUAGAGGCAAAUUAUCUGCCGCCAGUUACUUUUGUUGUUGUUCGGAAAAGACACCAUACACGCUUUUUUCCUACAGAUAAUCAGACAGACAGGAGUGGCAAUAUUCAACCAGGUACUGUUGUCGAUACUAAAAUUUGCCAUCCAACUGAGCUUGACUUCUACCUUAACAGCCAUGCUGUAAUACAGGGGACUAGCCGGCCUACGCACUACCAUGUGUUGUACGAUGAGAACAAUUUUACCGCAGAUCUCUUACAAGUGCUAACCAAUAAUUUGUGUUACACGUAUGCAAGGUGCACUCGAUCAGUUUCCAUAGUUCCUCCUGUAUGUUAUGCCCGUUUAGCAGCUUUACGAGCACGCUAUUACAUUGAGGGUGAUACAUCAGAUGGCGGUUCAACUGGGGGUGAGAACAGAGCAGAGUUCCGGCCCCUUCCUCUGAUCAAGGAUAACGUCAAAGAUGUCAUGUUUUAUUGCUGAGAUGGGUCUUUUGUGGGGUUUCUUUUGGAUGAUAAUGCUCAUAGUUCCCUCUUAUGUUUCUCUACUGAGAUUAGUUAGGCCUUUUGUGGGGUUUCUUUUGGAUGAUGCUCAUAGUCCCCCCCCUUUUAUGUUUCUUUCUUUUGUUAAUACUCUUGCGAUUGGUGCUUUGGUCUUGUUUCCAUUGCACAGAGGCUUUAGGCUUUAAUUUUCUUUUGGGCAUAUUUAUGUGUUUGUGAAACUGCUUUCCUUGCCACGUGCCUUUGAACUGUGGUGAGAAUGGUAUAUAAUUUCCAUAGCAAAGAGACAAAGAUCAAUACUCAGUAUAUUGAUGUUGGUGUUAA